AAGCUGCGGAUCAAGUGGUAUUGAAGGGAAUAAGUUUAGCGCAGGAUGUGGUAUUCCAUUUUCUGGGAGAUGAAAUUCGUUUAGUACAUCAAGAUCAGUUGUCUCUUUGCCUGAGGAAUACUGUGGAGGAAAUGUUGGACAAACAUGUACUAUUGUUUACUAGCUUUGCAAAACGUUUGGCUCGUACCCCGGAAAAUAUUUCGGAACAAUUCUUGGUAGUGUCAGAAGAAUUGUUCCAAGAUUGCGUGACAUGGAGUCGCAUAAUUGCCCUGUAUGCACUUGCUGGGCGAUUGGCUUUAUAUUAUCGAGAGAACAACAUGCAGAAACUGGCUGAAAGUAUUCCACAGUGUAUGGCACAUUGCAUCGCAGGGAAGAUUGCUUCUUUUGUAAUAAAGAAUGGAGGCUGGGAACAACUUUGUGUAGAGUUUCCACCAAAAAAGGACUUGAGUGUGAAAGUGUGGAGAUCUUUGCUGGUGACAGGAGCUGCUCUGGGGAUAGUGGCAGCACUCUUAAUGGUUCAUUCAUAAUAUUUAUUCAUAAUUUCCUUUUAAAAGGUGAAUUUAACCUGGUAAAGCAGCAUUGAAACAAUCGGCAGAAGCAUAGAAAAGUUUCUGGUGUUAUAAAUGUAAGAGUAUACAUAAUCUUAGGUGGUUUAUAUUUCAAAUAUGAAUUUUAUAUUUUUCUGUGACAAGUCAUAAAUUUUGUGUUUAUAAAUAUAGUACAGUCUAAAUUAUGCUAAAUUUAAUAAUACUGUGUUUUCAAGCCAAACCACCCUUUUGUAAUGUGUGCUGCUAUUGAGCAAAAAGCAAUGCUCUCCAAGUGGAUUUAUUUGGACUUCACUGAACUGUUUCUUUUACACAGUCAACUGUCUUUUCUGGGACCAAUGCUUUUGUGUGCUUCACUCUCUAUCUGGUCAGAGAUGUAUCUUGUAUCUUGAAGGAAUAAUGGAGUGAAUCUUCCCAGUAAAUAGCAAUAAUUCCUUUUAGUACACCGGACAUCACAUUGCACCUUUUCUUGUUUAUUUUCCAUUUUUUAACUGUGUGCAAGAAACAUUUGCUUUAUUUUGCAUCUGAUUCACCAUCUGUAAGAUAAUGGCAGUGAGAGCUAUUUUGAUUUGCUGUACACACUGUUGCCAUCUGGAUAGUGCCACUGUUCCACAUUUAGUUGUAUGUGUUUCAUAUCUGGUUCAGUUUGUGGCCGUCUUGGACUUCACAGAAGCCUAAUAUCCAAGGUACUAAAAUAAUCUCUGGCUUAUAUUAAUCAUAAUGCAGGGCAGAAUUUGUUUUAUAGCUGCAAUAUUAAUUGUAUGAUCUCAUAAUUUUAGAUAACUGAUUGUAACCUUAUUUUGAUAGAUAUGUUAUGAUUAUGACAGAUUUGUCAGUCAUAUAUAUGCGCUUCAUUAAAUUCCCCAUUAAUAAUAUGUUAAGUACAUUAUCAUUAUUAAUAGAAUUCUGUAGUGAACUGUA